ACCACACGCAUCCUGGAGCUCAACAGCCAGCGCAUGACGUGCCGGCGGUGCCCGGGCCCUGAGGGGCCCCCACGGGCCAGCCCCACUCCCUUGGGAGACAGUGAGGAGCACAGGGCACCUGUGGCACAGGUGGUGGCUGAAGAGGAGGAAGAGGAGGAGGAGGAGGAAGCACCAGGCCCCUGGGAGCCAGAGCACCCCUGGAAGGGUCCCCCCAGGUCCAGAGCAGACCCUGAUGGUUCUGGGGGGCAGGGACCACAGGAGCCCCCCAGGUCCACCAGGGAGCGGGAGGAGGAGGAGGAGGAAGAAGAGGAGGAGGAGGAGGAAGGGAGCUGCUGCAGCGAGGAAGGGGAAGACAGCAGCAAUGUAUACCUGUACUACACCCUGGGAGAGCGCUGGAUCGACUACCUGCAGCGCACUGGGGAUGGGGGGCUGCUGCGGCACCUGCGCCCCAAGAUGAAGCGGAAGUCAGAGAAUGGGCCGGAUGGCCGGGCCUUGUCCCCUGGGAAGAAGCUGUGCAAGGGCUCUGAAUAUGGCAGGACACUGGGUCCCUGUACACCCAGCCCCACGACCACCUUUGGGGACCUGCGCAAUGCCAAGGUGGGGCAGGCCCGGCGCCGCCGCAUCCCCUCGGUGGCCCCCCCACCUGAGCUACAGGACUGGCUCCGCACCUUCCAGCGCUGGAGCGGCCCUGAGAAGCUGCUGGCCCUGGAUGAGCUCAUUGACCGCUGUGAGCCGGCGCAGAUCAAGUACAUGAUGCAGGUCAUUGAGCCCCAGUUCCAGCGGGACUUCAUCUCCCUGCUGCCCAAGGAGCUGGCCCUGUACGUCUUGUCUUUCCUGGAGCCACGGGACCUGCUCCGUGCUGCCCAGACUUGCCGCUACUGGAGGGUCCUGGCUGAGGACAAUCUGCUCUGGAGGGAGAAGUGCCGUGAGGAAGGGAUCGAGGAGCCCCUACACCUGCGGAAGCGACGCCUGCUCAGCCCCGGAUUCAUGUACAGCCCCUGGAAAUUUGCCUUCCUGCGCCAGCACCGCAUCGACAUGAACUGGCGUAGUGGGGAGCUGCGGCCCCCCAAGGUACUGAAGGGCCACGAUGACCAUGUGAUCACUUGCCUGCAGUUCUGCGGCAAUCGCAUAGUAAGCGGCUCUGAUGACAACACGCUCAAAGUGUGGUCAGCUGUCACAGGGGAGUGUGUGCAGACGCUGGUGGGCCACACGGGGGGGGUUUGGUCCUCCCAGAUGAGGGACAGUGUUGUCAUCAGUGGCUCCACUGACCGCACACUCAAGGUGUGGAACGCUGACAGCGGCGAGUGCGUGCACACGCUGUACGGACACACCUCUACCGUGCGCUGCAUGCACCUGCACGGCAACAGGGUGGUGAGUGGCUCCCGGGACGCCACACUGCGGCUCUGGGACAUCGAGACAGGGCAGUGCCUGCACGUGCUGAUGGGCCACGUGGCGGCCGUACGCUGCGUCCAGUAUGAUGGCAACAAAGUGGUCAGCGGUGCCUAUGACUACACGGUCAAGGUGUGGGACCCCGAGAGUGAGAGCUGCACCCACACACUGCAGGGGCACACCAACCGUGUCUACUCACUGCAGUUUGAUGGGACACACAUCGUUAGUGGGUCCCUGGACACAUCGAUCCGCGUGUGGGAUGUGGAGAGUGGGAACUGUCUGCACACACUCAUGGGACACCAGUCACUCACCAGCGGGAUGGAGCUGCGUGACAACAUCCUCGUGUCCGGCAACGCUGACUCUACUGUCAAGAUCUGGGACAUCAAGACAGGGCAGUGCCUGCAGACCCUGCAGGGUCCCAGCAAGCACCAGAGUGCUGUCACCUGCCUACAGUUCAGCUCCAAGUUCGUGGUGACCAGCUCCGAUGACGGGACAGUGAAGCUGUGGGACCUGAAGACAGGGGAGUUUGUGCGAAACCUGGUGGCCCUGGAGAGUGGGGGCUCUGGGGGGGUCGUGUGGCGCAUCCGUGCCUCCAACACCAAGCUGGUGUGCGCCGUGGGCAGCCGCAAUGGCACCGAGGAGACCAAGCUGCUGGUGCUGGACUUCGAUGUGGACCUGAAGUGACCCCGGCCAGCCCGGGGGUCCCGCGGGAGGGGUGGCCCCGGCGCAGGCGCUGGCCCCCGCGGGCAGGACAAGAGGGAGGGCCGGGCCUUAUUUAUAUGCGCGGGAGUGCCCGGCUGGGCCUGCAGGAGCAUGUUUUGUACACGGAAUAUAUCAAUUUAUUUCUG